AUGCCCACCAGAUUGACAAAGACCCGCAAGCACCGCGGCCAUGUUUCCGCAGGUCACGGACGUGUUGGAAAGCACAGGAAGCAUCCCGGUGGUCGUGGUAUGGCUGGUGGUCAGCACCACCACAGGACCAACAUUGACAAGUACCACCCUGGUUACUUCGGAAAGGUUGGUAUGAGGUACUUCCACAAGAUGCAGAACGGUUUCUGGAAGCCCGUCAUCAACCUCGACAAGCUCUGGUCGCUCAUCCCCGCUGAGAAGCGCGACGAAUACCUCGCCAAGAAGGGUGGUAACGCCCCUGUCCUCAACGUCCUCGACUUCGGCUACGCCAAGGUCCUUGGAAAGGGUCGUCUGCCCGAGGUCCCCAUUGUCGUUCGCGCCCGCUACGUCAGCGCCGAGGCCGAGAAGAAGAUCAAGGAGGCCGGCGGUGUUGUUCAGCUCGUCGCAUAA